AUGGCACAGACCCAGCUGGAGGAGAUCACCAGCAGAAUUUCAGACCUGAGCAAGUGGAGAGACAUUUUCAGUUUCCAUGGCUUGGACAUCAGCAAAGCAACUCACCAGCCAGGCCAGGGUAACACAGGUGAUGGAGCACCAGCAGCUGGAGAGCCAAGGGGGCUGCAGCCACCACACGUCCCCUGUGCCAUCCCCAUGCCCCUCCUGGUCCCUGUGGAUGCAGGUGGCCAGCCCAUCUCGCUGGACAUGGCAAUGGGGCUGAGAGAGCUGCUCUUUGGCAACGUGUCCCACACCUUCAGCUGCCAGUGGGCCAAGGCACACUUCAGGUUUCGCCAGCCCUGCUCAGCCCUGGCCUAUGGCUUGGAGGCAGACAAGGGGGGAACAAGAGCCAUCCUGAUGGCUGUGCAAGCACACAUCAUCAGACACCUGCUCUUUGACAGAAACACAGCAGAUACUCACCUGGAGAGGCUGCAAGGCAUCGGCCGACGGGAGCAAGGCGAGGCGCUGGCUGCAGCCCUGGCACAGCUGCUGUGGGCAGCAGGAGGUGGUGGGAGAGCCACAGUCUGCCUGCUCACCAUGGCCACCCAUUUUGUGCCACGUGGAGACUACAGAGCUGACAGCUUCACCGAGAGGAUCCAGCUGUUUGACUUCUGGGAGCAAGCAGCAGCUGAGGAGUUCAUCUCUGCCCACAUAAACUGUUUCAGAGGCAAAGGAAGCCAUGGAGUGAUCCUGUUUUUGUACAGCUUGCUUUUCUCCAGGACACUGGAAAGGGUCCAGGAAGAUUUAAAGGGCACAACAACUCCUCUGUUGAAGUUGAGUUUGGGGAGCAUCACCUGCACGCAGGCCAUGCUCAGCCUCCUCCUGACAGGCCAGGCAAGGCCACAGGAGCUCGAUGGUGGCCGGGAGCCAGGUCCUGGUGGCACAGGCGCUGAGGCACCACGGCGGCAGCGGGGACUGGUGGGCUACCUGCGCUGGAGCAGGGCACAGGCAGAGCCACAGGUGUGCCCCGGGUUGAGGACACCGCAGGUGCCCAUCUGGCUGUGCAGCCUCUGUGGCAGGCACGGGGUCCUCUUCAGCACCAACAGCCUGCUCCUGUCCUCCUGGAGAGCUGAGAGGCUCUUCCAGCUGCACUUCUACAAUGGGCAGCAGGAGCAGAGCGAGCCCACCCACCUGACCAUAGACACUCAUUCACACCACUGGGAAGAGGAUCAAAGUGAAGGUGCAAGUGACCCAGGGAAGAGGCAUCCACCCGUGGAGAUGGCCAUCAGGACCAGGUGGGCAGGUGCCACUGUCAGCUGGAAUGGGACACAGCCCUUCUUCUGA